CCACAGACCGGUAGCAACAUGUUCAAUGUGCUGAAGUCGGCGGCCCCACUUGGCCAGCAUUUAAAGGGCCUCGUAACGGUGCGAAACUAUGGCAAACCGAACAAAAAGUACCUGUACAAGGAUGGCAUACUGAAGGACCAGAUCUACUACUAUCCACGUGAUAAUAAUCGAGAAAUCCUUCAACUCGACGGCGAGCCAUCAAAACUGUUCAGCGUGAGGCGGUUAAAACCGAUCAAGGGCCUACCCUACUGGGAGAAGCGGAUAUUACGAGGAUUGGGACUGUAUGAGAAAAACGGUGUGGCGGUUGUGAAGAACAUCCCGGAAAACAACGCACGCCUAUGGAAGGUGAAGCACCUGGUCGAGGUUCUUCCGAUCACGUACAAGUACGGGGAACCGACGGAGAACGAUAUCGAUGCCACGUUCCUUAAGGAGAAUGGUGAAUGUGUGGUCGUGCGGAAGUUGGAAGAGAUCGAUGCGAGCGUGGACAAGCUGAAGGCAGCCGAAGCGGUUCGCCACGCCAAACUUCGCAUGGACGGCGAAACGUUACGGAAGGACUCCCGGCUAAGGUGGCUCAAUCCGUGGUAGUGCCGCGCUGGGUGUGUCUAGCAGAUUGUAAUUAAGGAGUAAAUGAAAGAGAUCACAUUACACCCGAAAUGCUUUUUUGGGAUAUCGUGUGGAAAAGAAAAUCGAUCCAGAAAGACUACAGAUUUACAUUUAAAUAGUUCCACUGUUUAUUUUACUUAGCUGUUGCUUUCGGGCGCACAUUAUUGUUCCUGCGUUGGGAAAGGAAGGGUGGCCCGGCCGGGCGUGGAUAAUACACAUUUCGUCCGUACCGCUCUCCCGGUCUGCCAGUCGCCCUUCUGCCGGUCCCAAAACGCGCGGUUUAGUAAAUAUAGGUAGUAUACACGUUAGUAACAUUGAUAUAGAGUGUUCUGUUUCCGCUCCCGC